AUGAAUGGUCUGCUGUUGUACCUAAAUCAAACAUUUCACUCUAUUAAAUACUGUAUCUUUCAGAUCUACUGCAUGCACCCAGACUGUGUCAUUCAGUUAGAGAAAGAGAAGUGCAUGGAAAGGAUGACAAUGGAUGACCCUAGCAGUGAACCUGAAUUGGUCUGCCGAUGGAUGUGGGACAACCUCACCUGCUGGCAGCCAGCAAAAUUUGGUCAAGUGGUCUGGAUGCCUUGUCCUGAGCUAUUUGAAGUCAUGAGUGAGGAGAAUGAUGAGUUUGGAAAGGUCAGCCGUAACUGCACCGAGGAUGGCUGGUCAGAGAUGCUCCCUCACUAUGUAGAUGUUUGCCCUUUUAAUGAAAAUGGAACAAGUCCAGACAUGUACUAUGUGUCAGUAAAGGCUCUGUAUACUGUGGGCUACAGCACCUCACUGGUGUCUCUCACCACUGCCAUGGCCAUUCUCUGCAGGUUCAGGAAGCUGCAUUGCACCAGGAAUUUCAUUCAUAUGAAUUUGUUUGUGUCCUUCAUCCUGAGGGCCAUCUCAGUCUUCAUUAAAGACGGCAUUUUAUAUGCAGAGGAGGACAGCAACCAUUGCUUUAUACACACCGUGGAGUGUAAAGCAGUGAUGGUAUUUUUUCAUUAUUGCGUUUUGUCAAACUACUUCUGGCUGUUUAUCGAGGGCUUGUAUCUUUUUACGCUGCUUGUUGAGACAUUCUUUCCUGAGAAAAGAUACUUCUACUGGUACACCAUUAUUGGAUGGGGUACUCCAACAAUCUGUGUGGCUGUCUGGGCAGUCUUAAGAGCUCAUUUUGAUAACAUUGGUUGCUGGGAUAUUAAUGACAAUGCUGCCAUCUGGUGGGUGAUCAAGGGUCCUGUUCUUGCCUCUAUCAUGGUAAGGAUAGUACAUAUUCCAUCGCAAAAGACGCGUCUGGCUCGCUCCACUCUUCUCCUCAUUCCUCUAUUUGGAAUUCACUAUACCGUGUUUGCUUUCACACCAGAAGAUGUCAGCAAAAGAGAAAGACUUGUGUUUGAACUUGGUCUUGGUUCUUUUCAGGGUUUUGUAGUAGCUGUCCUUUACUGCUUUCUUAAUGGAGAGGUGCAGUCAGAAAUCAAACGAAAAUGGCGCAGCUGGACGGUGAACCGGUACUUUGCUGUGGAUAUGAAGCACAGGCAUCCGUCUCUGGCCAGCAGUGGUGUGAACGGGGGCACACAGCUCUCCAUCCUCAGCAAGAGCAGCUCACAGAUCCGCAUGUCCAGCCUGCAGGCUGAAACACCGGCCACAUGAGCGCUCAGAGGACCAAACUCCUUAGAACUAGAUCUACAAAAUAACCUACGUCAACAUCCAAGUCCUGUUUCAUCUUUUGAGUCUGUAUAGUGUCGGUUGAAGCUGUAAUAUCUGUCAAUCAUCCAUAGAUGACAGGCUUUUGCUAUGGAACUCUGAGGAGCUCACAACCAUUGGUCUAUUGUGUGCCAAGCAAACAUGGAUAUCUUUGAUGCGGACUUACGGAUGAAUCAGAUUUGAUCAGAACUGAAAGGAAUUACAGGCCGAGGGGAAAUAAUCAAUCCAUAGCAAUCCAGUAUUUAGGAUGUUUUCAUCCAGAAAGCUUUAGUUCGUGAACAAGGUGGAUAUUUUUGUACAUCUCAAGUCUCUCAUGUUUUUGUUUCUCUGUCUGUGAAGAUUUGUGACAGUUCGAGAUUCUCAAUAUUUUAUUGUCAAAGCAUCAUCGAAGAAGAUGAAGACAGUAGCCGACCUCACCGCAAUGGGAUGUGGGACAUGCACAGUCAUUUUUGAAGGAGAAGAAACCACAUAUUUCACACAGGAGCUUAAUGAAUAACUGAUCCCCAGUUCCUAAUACCAAUUUAAUAUGUAAAUAUUUUCAUAUGUUGUAAUUGUAGAAUGAAGGACUGAAGGAAAAUCAAGUUUAAGGACUACGAAGUUUAAGGAUCCACAUUGUGGAUGCUUCUUGGGCGCAGUGUUGAAAUUUUUUACCCAGUCAAAACUAACAUUAGCAAAGAAAAACUAGCAUUUGAAACCUCAUUAAAACAGUGAGUAACUUAACUUGUCAAUUUGUUUUCAUGAGUAGAUUCCUCUUGUACUUGUACUUGUGCUCCUAUUUUUUUAAACAGCCGCUAGUACAGAAAAUGUCAGUUAGAAUGCAACAAUGGAACAAAGUUCAUGCCGCAAUGUUUGGCAUAUUAAUAUAUAACUGGGUAAUAUGGGUGUAAUAGAUUUGUAAUAUGCAUGUUGAUUCCUCCCCCACACACUUCUAUGACUACUAGCUGUCAUACAGUUAAUUUACAGCAAAGAAUUAUGAAACUUUACACUCAUAUCAAUAAAUAAAUUCUUUAUAAGCAAUU